AUGGUAUUGCGGACUGCCUCUGGCACAACUACCUACUACUGCUGCCAUACCCUGCCUCUGACGAGAAUCCAAGAUCCAGCUAGUACCACACCCCCCUUCACUUCCACGGCCUCACCACCGGCCUGGCUACUAAGUAGUAAGUUUCCCCCUUUCGGUCCCAAGGCUACCCCCCGCCUUUGGCUUCCUGACAGUUCAACUUACUCGUUGGGCACAUUUAGCGCUACCAUUGCUGGCACCUUCGGUGUUGCCGCCGGUACCUUCGCCCUCUUCUUCUUCGGCGAGAUCCCCCGUGUCCGCCGCGACAUCCUCCAGAAGGUUCCUUUCCUCGAUGAGUACUUCGACCGCACGAUCGCUCCCGAGGACAACCCCUUCUAA